AUGGCCUCCACCACUCGACACGGCGACACGGAGAUGGAUGGGCACAGGGAACUUUCGAGGUGGUUGGCCGCUCGGUCGAGGUCGCUCGGGGCCAUUGAGGCUCCUCGGCAGAGAGGGGACAGCGGGCGGGAGAAAAGGGAGGCAAGAUUACGGAGUAGACAAGGUGCGAUGGCCAAGUUGGUUAGGGGGGAAGAAAGGAGGUGGGCCAAUGAGCUCACAACAGCGGCCGCAAGAGUGAUCGCUGGUGUGACAUUCACACAGCUGCCUGGAACUUUGCAGGGGGGUUUCCAUGUAGAAACAUAG